CACACACACACACAUACACUGAGAGUGAGCGAGGAUCUCAGUGCGCAGUGCGGAGCUGAAAACAUGACUUUGCUAAGCUUUGCAUGGAUCAUCCGGGUUUGUGCAUGAUGCAUUAGACACACACAGGUGUGAUUUGACGGAGAUCAUGCGCUCGUGCGUCCCUUCGCGAGGAAAGUGUCUUCAUGAGUGUCCAAAGUAACAGCAACAGCAGUGGAAGUUUGGACGGAGCGCCAUCUUGCUCUCAGUUCUCGACUGGAUCUCCGACCCCGGGCUCAGUUUCUCCGCUCGAUAUCUGCGCUCCACGGAGGCGUAAGGAAGGUAUGGAUGAACUGCAUUCUCUGGAUAGACGGCGGCAGGAGCUUUUGGAGGCACGUUUCAUCGGAGCAGUUAGUGGAAAUACAGGAGGAAGCACGGGGAGCGCGAGCGGAGGACCUAAAGGGUUGAACAAUAACGAAUGUUCCAGUCACAGUUUUGGCAGCCUGGGGUCAUCUAGUGACAAGGAGUCUGAGAACUCUGACAUAAAGAAAGGAGGAUCACCUGCAUAUUCAACUCCAGAGAAGAAGCACUCCGAGUCAUCCAGAGGAAGAAAGAGGAAGGUUGACAACCAGUCAGAGAUCAGCCAGGGAAAGUCUUCCGGCCGAGGGCCCAAGAUCAGCGAUUAUUUUGAUUUCCAGGGAGGAAACGGAUCCAGUCCAGUCAGGGGGCUUCCUCCGGUCCUGCGCUCGCCACAGAACUCUCACUCUGCACCCGGCUCUAUCGUCAGGCAGAACAGCUCCUCACCCACAAGCUUGUGUUUCAUGGAUCCCAUGAUGAACCCGAAACUGCUGAGCAGCAGAAGUGUCCAGACGGAUUUGACACUGUUGAAACUGGCUGUACUUGAGAGCAAUAAGAAUCUUGAUCUUGAGAAGAAGGAGGGCAGAAUAGAUGAUCUACUCAGGGCGAACUGUGACCUCCGCAGACAGAUAGAUGAGCAGCAGAAGCUGCUGGAACGUUUCAAGGAGCGUCUGAACAAAUGCACUACGAUGAGUAAAAAGCUGCUCAUUGAGAAGAGCACUCAAGAGAAGCAGUCCUGCCGUGAGAAGAGCAUGCAGGACCGGCUGCGUCUGGGGCAUUUCACCACGGUCCGGCACGGGGCGUCCUACACCGAACAGUGGACAGACGGAUAUGCCUUCCAGAACCUGGUCAAGCAGCAGGAGUGGAUAAACCAGCAGAGGGAAGAGAUCGAAAGGCAGAGGAAACUUCUAGCGAAGCGCAAACCUCCCAGCACACCCUCCUCCCAGAGCCCGACCCCCAAUGAGUCCAAACAGAGAAAGACCAAAGUCGUCAAUGGAGCCGACAACGACCCCUUCCUCAAACCCAGCCUGCCUACACUGCUGACUGUGGCAGAAUAUCACGAGCAGGAAGAAAUCUUCAAACUGAGACUGGGGCAUCUCAAAAAGGAGGAGGCAGAGAUCCAGGCGGAGCUGGAGCGGUUGGAGCGCGUGAGGAAUCUGCACAUUCGAGAACUUAAAAGAAUCAACAAUGAGGACAGCUCUCAGUUUAAAGACCAUCCAACCCUUAAUGAAAGGUAUCUUCUCUUACACUUGCUAGGAAGAGGAGGUUUCAGUGAAGUUUAUAAGGCAUUUGACCUGUUUGAGCAGCGAUAUGCUGCUGUGAAGAUCCACCAGCUCAACAAGAACUGGAGAGAGGAGAAGAAAGAAAACUACCACAAACAUGCCUGUAGAGAAUAUAGAAUCCACAAGCAACUGGACCAUCCCAGAAUAGUCAAACUCUACGACUACUUUUCCCUGGACACUGACACAUUCUGCACUGUUCUCGAGUUCUGCGAGGGGAAUGAUCUCGAUUUCUAUCUGAAGCAGCACAAGCUGAUGUCUGAGAAAGAGGCUCGCUCCAUCGUCAUGCAGAUAGUCAACGCCCUGCGAUACCUCAAUGAGAUCAAACCACCCAUCAUCCACUACGACCUGAAACCAGGAAAUAUCCUGUUGGUGGAUGGAACGGCAUGUGGGGAGAUAAAGAUCACAGACUUUGGCCUGUCUAAGAUCAUGGAUGACGACAGCUACGGAGUGGACGGGAUGGACCUGACAUCGCAGGGAGCAGGAACCUACUGGUAUUUGCCACCAGAGUGUUUUGUCGUUGGUAAAGAACCUCCAAAGAUCUCUAAUAAAGUAGACGUGUGGUCUGUGGGUGUUAUUUUCUUCCAGUGUCUAUAUGGACGAAAGCCAUUUGGCCAUAAUCAAUCCCAGCAAGACAUCCUUCAAGAGAACACCAUCCUGAAAGCCACUGAGGUGCAGUUUCCUGCCAAACCUGUGGCGAGCAACGAGGCCAAGGCGUUUAUCCGCCGCUGUCUGGCUUACAGGAAGGAGGAUCGCUUUGAUGUCCACCAGUUAGGCAGCGACUCGUACCUUCUUCCUCACAUGAGACGAUCCAAUUCAUCGGGGAACUUGCAGGCCACACUCGCAAGCUCCGCCUCUUCAGGAAUCAUCUCCUACUGAUUGGCUGAUCAAUCAUGAUUGAUGGUUCUGAUGGCGAGUUCCCUCCCUUCGUCACCUCGGGGUGGACCGGAAAGGGGGAGGGGCUAUAACUGUCAGCUUACAGGCUGUAGGACACGCCCACAUUGGUCAUAGUGACUGCCAUUGAUAUUGGGGCAGGGAAUGGCUGAUGUCAUUUCCUGUGUGGAUCCAGAUGUCAGUCAGAGCUAGAACCAUUUGAAAAUGGAUAUUUGUUUUUUACCCAAGGCAUUUUGUGGAGUAGAUUUGGGAGGGUCACGCUAACAUUUAGCUUCUUGUUGAUAUCCUCCCUGAGCUACGCCUCUGUAACGGGGUGUUUUGUUUUGUGUAAGUGUGAAAUUUAGAGACAAUUAAUUGUAGGAUGAUUGGAAAUAGAAGAGCGAGUGUUUUAAUGUGACACAGCGGUGUCUGUGAGAGAGAGAGAGAGUGUGUGUGUGUGUGUGUGUGUGUGUGCGCCUGCGAAUGGAUGUUUUAUGCCACAGCGUUACAUGUUGGCUGAUCAUAACAUACAUGUGUUGGGCACAGAUUGCAAGAUGUGUGUGUGUGUGUGUGUUACAAAAAUGCUGUCUAUUUUACUUCAAAGUAACAUUUAUGAAAAGUGUCAGUUUGUUUAAAUGGGUUUAAUAUUUGCAAAACGUAGAUAGGUGAAUCUCAUCAAAAAUGUUCAGGUCACAUUUCACCCCCAAACCAAAGGAGAAAAGUAGUUUUUUUUUUUAAGAUUUUGUCAGUUUUCAUGAUAGUUAAAGGCUAUCUCUCUUUAUAUAUAUAUAUAUAUAUAUAUAUAUAUAUAUAUAUAUAUAUAUACACACACUAUACACAGUGGGCUUGGCAUCAGUCAUCGGAGAGGCUUUUAUUAACAGAAAAUAAAAUAAAACCUGGGACAAAUGUGGCCAAAGGGGGAGAGUGUCCAAAAUAAACAGAGGAUCUGGUGUCCUCGUUGUGCUGCGGGGUUCGUGGAGGAAGGGAGGAAGGGUCCAGGCAAGGGAUAUAGAUAUUUAGAGAGAAAGAGAGAUAGAUAGAUAUCUCUAUGUGUGUAUUUUUCUAUUGUUUCAUAAUAAUUAUGUAUUUAACUUUUAUAUAUUUGAAGUUUGUGUGUGUGUGUGUGUGUCUAUAUCUAUAUAUCUUUAUUACAGUUACCUGCAAUUAAAAUAUUUAGUAUUUUGACCUAACAAUUAUAACCUUGACUAUUUUACUGUUAACAAAUUUAUAUAUAUAAUUAAACCAGCAUAUUUGUUUGUGUACAUAUAUAUUUAUACACACGCACACAGUUAUGUGUGUGUAUGUGUAUAUAUAUAUAUAUAUAUAUAUAUAUAUAUAUAUAUAUAUAUAUAUAUAUAUAUAUAUAUAUAUAUAUAUAUAUAUAUAUAUAUAUAUAUAUAUAUAUCUCCUUAUAAGGGUGUGUCUGUUUCUAUAUGUAUAGAUGGAUAGAUAGAUAUACACAUACAUGCAUAUAUAUGCUCGAGUGAGGGAACUGGAAAAAGUGUAGUAAGUUAUUUUUAUUUACAUCAGCAUAAAUUAAAGGCAAUGUAACAAAUACUCUGCAUAUACAUGAAUGUGUAUAUACAGUGUAUUAUAGUGAGUUGUCAUAAAUUUUGUCACACAGAUAAAUUAGGAUUUUUUUUUUCUUUCAAUUUUGGAGUGGAAAAUGACCUGGACAUGUUGUUGACCAGUUUGAUGAGAUUCACCUGUUUGUCCUGCAUGUAGGAGUAGAAACAGUAAAAUCAUCUCAAUAGAAUAUUCCUCCUAUAGCUUCUCUCAAACACACAGACGAGUGAAUGACUGUGCUUUCUCGGUUUGUAACACUUAAUGUCUGAUGCAGCAUCAUCACCUCGCUGCACCCUGACGUGGUUUAUAGUUUCAUGAUUUACUCCGAUUAAGAAUCAGACCAAAUAUACAUUUGAUUUACCAGUAACAAAAAAAAACUGCAUGAAUAAACCUCCAUUGUGGUUGUGAAUGAGGUGUGUGUGUGAUGUGAGUAAUGAUUGACAGAAUAGGCGGAAGGUGGGCCGGACCCCGCCCUUGAUUAUUAACCCCUUUAUGCCCAGACCCAGUGCUGUCAUGUUGCUUAGCAACCCUCUGUGGUCCCGGUCAGCAUCUCUGAAUGACAUGGACCGGACCGGACCGAGAUCAAACGCUCAAAGCUUCCAGAGUCUGGGGACGACCUCAGCUUUUGUUGUUUCCUCUCUCUAAAUACUCUUUCAACCCCAGAAGCAGUUUUCAGCUCAAUAUAUGGUGAUCUGUCUCCAAGUGCUGCUGCGAUUGUAGAGAAUGUAGCCAAAAGAGAAAUAAACAUUUUUGAAAAUA